AUGGCACAAACUGCGCCACAGAGUCUGCCGGACCUUUUGGGAUCCCUCACGCAGUCUCUCAAUACCGCAUUUGAAGUAACCCCAAAGCUUGCCGGCAUUGAACCCACGGCUCUGGGCAUCUCUCUGCUGGAUCUCAAGAAUGAGCUCCUGCUGUCUUACCUCCAGAACCUCGUGUUUCUAAUCCUGCUCAAGACCCGGAGCGCAAAGAAGUCCAAUGGCCUGGAGAGCGCAAAGGAGCUGAACGAUGCCGUCGUCAAGAAGCUCGUGGAGCUGCGGCUCUACUUGGAAAAGGGAGUCCGCCCUCUCGAGGACAAGCUGCGCUACCAGAUUGAGAAGCUGAUGCGCGCCAUUGACGACGCCGAGCGCCAGGAGAAGGCCGCGGAGGAGGCUGGAAUGUCGAAAAAGAAGGCAGUGUCGAGCGCAGAUUCCGAUUCCGAGUCUGGGUCCGGGGAUGAUGGCGAGUCCAGCGACGACGACGAGGAUCUCGAGGAGGGAGGCGUGUCCACGUCGGCGGACCUGAGCAAUGCCCGACCGAAUCUCAAGUCCAUCGCCGCACUCAACGGCGAGGACGAGAACACCAGUAGAGGGAAGAUCAACAAGGAUGGCAUCUACCGCCCGCCCAAGAUUGCCCCGACCGUGAUGCCGACCCUGGUAGAGCGCCGCGAGCGGACCGACCGCAGCCAGAGGCCGCUCAAAUCUGCCACCAUGGAUGAGUUUAUCAACGACGAGCUGUCCACCGCACCUGUCGCUCAGCCCAGCAUCGGUACAAACAUUGCCGGUCGCGGUCGUCACGUAAAGACGGCGGCAGAGCGACGCGACGAGGCCGAGCGUCAGGCAUACGAGGAGACGCAUUUUGUCCGCUUGCCAAAGGAGAGCAAAAAGGACCGUGCCAAGGCCGCCAGUCAAGGAGCUGGGCGUAUGAACUUUGGUGGAGAGGAGUGGAGGGGUCUUGGAGAGGGUGUCGACCGUAUCAACAGGCUCGUCAAGACCAAGGACAAUGGGGGUGGUUCCAGGACCAGGGCAUUGCUCGAGAAGAGCCGCAAGCGGUCGCUGGGCGAGACUACCGAUGGGCCAAGGGGGAGUGGUGUUGCUGGUGCCGAAGAGAGGUAUCAAAAGCGCGCCAAGAUGCAAGAGCUUGGCCGUACGAGCAGAGGCAAGGGGCGAUGA